GGGUCUCGUUGGCCGAGGUCACGUGGAGCAGCUGACCUGCCAGGGGUUCCCCGAGGGCGGCCUUGAGAGGGAGCUUCGGGUGGGGAGGGGGACGGGCACACGUGUGUCUUCCCCGAACCCAGGGUCCGCGCCCCCUUUUUCUCAUCCGUGAAUGAGCGUGUCUCCUAACUGGAGUGCGGGCCCGUCUGUGAUUCUGCUGAGAAAUGGAUCCUCCGCUUAACAGUUCAUUCAUCAGCUGACCCACGCGCAGCCACCUUCUCUGCUCAGGUGCUCACCCCACACAGGGUGAUGGAAUCAGAGGUUCCCGGCUUCUGUUGGCUGCCCAGGUGCCCCCCGGUAUUGCAUUGAGAAGGUCUUCGGUCAGUGAUCGGUCAGUGAUCGCGGCACUGGGGCUUUGAAGCGCAGGCGUUUCGGAAUGCCGCCUCUGGAGCCCUGCUCCAAGCCUGCCACCUUCAGGUCUGGGGGGUCUGGGAAGAGGACGGUGAGCGGGACACUCCUGACACCUGUUGCAUUCUGGGCAGCUGCCCAGCUUUACAAGCAGGGCCUCCCAGGUCACCCAGUCGGAGUGCUCCAGUUUGAGCCCGGGAGAGGGACCGCCUUUAUCACUGAAAGCUGGACCCUCCUCAUUUCAAAAUAAAGCAUCUAUUCUCUGAAGACCCAAAGCGAGGCUUCUCCCAGGGCGGUUGCUUUCGAGCUUGAACACGGCUGGACUUCAAGGAACCGCUCCAAGUGCAGCCUCGCCCACUUUCAAGGUGGUUGCUAAAAUGGGAGCUGAAUCGAGGCCACGUGGGGAAUGGGCUCUUACAGUGGGGAGCCGGUGCUACUCUGUCCGCCGCGGAGCACGGGGACUGUCUGGGCUCCGAUCUGAGUUUGUUUACGGUCUCUCUCGGGUGGCCUGGGAGAAGCCCUGCCUGUGGCCUGGCUGUUCCCGAGUCUAAAGGUUUCUGGAAUGAACUUUCUGGAUGUCGGUUCAGUCCACAGGGGAAGUGCCACCCAGCCAGCUGGGAGCGUUCUAUGGGGCUGCUCGCUCCUCUGGGCGGUAAACAGUGACUCACCCUCCCUGUGCCCGCCUCCCCACUGCUAGUGGAAGGUACGUGGCUCCCUCUGGUAUUUACUUUUGCUUUUCAUAAUCACACACUCCCGUGCUUCCUCUUUCUUACAGUUUCAGGAAGUUGAAAGUGUCAUCUUGAAACCGUAGGAUUUUAGGGCAGGUAGGGAUGAGUCUCAGAUCACACAGUGCACACACACAUACACACACAGUACACACACACACAGUUACACACACAGCCACACACACAUAUAGUCACAGUCACACACAUAGUCACACUCACCCAAUUCAGUCACACACACAAACACACACUCACACUCCGUCUUAGUUGAGGGAGCCCAGCCUGGGGUGGCCUGGCCUGGCCUGUGACGGUGGGGUCUGGGAUCAGCUACAGCACCCUCCCUGCCUUUCUGUGCUGCCUGUCUGGGUGCCCGGCAAGGGGCAGGGGGCGGAGCGGUGCUGGGGUGGAAGAUGCCCUCUGGGCCCUCCUUGCAGUGCAGCGCUAAUGCGUUUGUGCGCAGACCUCUCAACUCCAGGAGCGGAGACAGGUGAGGUGUGAGUGUCCGUGCACAGGAAGACCAGCCCCAGGUGUGCCCUCAGGAGAGGGCGCCUGCCUGCCUACUGCAAGGAGGGCAGGAGGGGCUUUUUGUGAGGCAAAUAUUGGCGGAGGGCAGGGCAGGGGCGAUGGGGGAGAAGGAUGGGAGCCAGGUGCAGAUUGUGGGGGCGCUCCAAGAAGCCAAAUGUGGAGGUCUGGAAUGCGGCAGGUGGCCAGGUGGCCAGGACAGUGGAGGGUUCUAGGAGACACUGAGCAGGGCUGGGUAUCUGUCUGCAUAGCUGUGGGGGCUGUAUUUGGGGGACCUAGGUCAGAGUCCAGACAGGGAAAUGGGGGGCCUGAGCUGGGACGGAGCUGCCGGGCUGGAGCAGGGAGACUGGGGCCGAGGCCAGCAGGCCAGGCUCAGCAAGUGGACGUGUAAGGAGAGGAGAGGCCGUGCGGGCGAUUUCUGGGCGAAUAGCGUGGUGGGGUUAUCCCUAAGAUGGAGUCACAGGAGGAGGUUUCCCCAGGGACAUCCCUGGCUGCACAGGGAGGUUGGGCUGGUCGAAGUCCUGGGCAGCAUGAGAUGGGCUGGGGAGAGGACACAAGGCUGAAGGGAGCCCGGAGGACCACCCAGAGCUGUGAGGGGAGCAGGCCUGGCUGGGGGUGUGGCAGUCAGCCUGCCCUCAGCUGGCAACGCCUGAGUCACCUCUGGACAUAGCCAGGAUGACACAGCUUCCCGAACUGCAAAGGCAAGGUGACCAGACGUCCUCCGAACCCGGCAGACAGUCGUGUCUUGCUGAAGGGCAGCCAGCCAGGCCCAGCCUGAAAGCUGGGUGUGGGCCAGGCUGGUGGGGUGCCUGCAAGGCUCUGUGGGGCAAGCCCCACGUUGAGGGGAGCUGGUUUGGGACUUCAGUGCCUGGUGUCCAGAGUGGGUGGGGCGGUGGGGAGCCCCCCGGCUGUGGGAGUUGCCUGCAGUGGGUGGCAUGUGCCUGCUGGCCCAGCCCUGCCACGCGUGCAUUGGAUGUGAUACGCAGUCAGAGGAGCUGCCUUCACCUGGAGAGCCCACCCUCACCGAGCCCAGACUGGCUUCCUGCUGUCUGAGGAGCCCCUCUAGGCUGUCUGUUUAAUCUGGGUGGGACCGAGCGCCUUCAGAAGUCCCAAACCACCUUUUCUGCGAGGCUGUCUGAACCCAGGGCUGUUUGGGUGGGGUCAUUGCUCCCAGCUGGCUUUACUGAUGGGCCCUGAACCUGGGUCCAGCCCAGCACCAGCCCGUGUAUGUGCGGGAGGCCAAGUCAAGGCAGUGGGCAGUGGCGAGCUGGCGCUGCUUGUUGGGAGCUGGUGAGGGAAAAGUGACCCGGCAGGGUCCGAGCCCCUGGCCUCCAGCUCACCUGCCUCCUGGGAGGGCAGCCCUUGGCUGUGGAACCUGGGCUCCCUGCCCUGCCCACCAGGGUGCCCGGGAUGAAUUCCGGGCCAUUCUUGGGCAAGGCAGCCCUGCCCCAUUCAUAUGGGGCUGGGAGAGGAGGGACACUCUGCCCCUCGCUCACUCCGGACUGCGGUCGCGGAGCGGACCCUUCCAGGCUGCCAGUGUUUCCGUCUGUCAGGAAGUGAGCUUCUCUGCAAACCUGUGCACAUGCCCGUCAGGAUCCGUGCCUGGCUUUGGGUUGGAAACAGACCUCUGGAGUUAGAAAGUAGUCCCCUGAAAAGUGUCCCGAGGGGCGGUGCUGGCUGCGUACCACGGACGGGCAGCUGUGCAGGGCCUGAGGCGGGUGAACGGUCUGCACACGACAGCCAGACACCUGAGCCCUGUUCCCCGAUGGACGCGGGGCGCAGGAGCACCCUGGGAAGCUGCGGAGGCCGUGUGGGUGCUGACACGGUGACACUGGUGUGAGGCUGCAGGGCAGCAGGUGCCUGAGCUGGGGGCGAGGUCCCGUGCUGAUGGCUCGGUGUUUGAGAAGCAGCUGCAGGCGGGGCCCCUCCAGAUCUCCCCAGAGUGAGCUGGUCCUGCGUCUGGAGUGGCUUCAGGCCGCACCGUGUCUGGUAGCUUCUGAGGAGGUGCAGCCCUGACUCUGGGCAGCCUGCGGAGACCUGCAGCGGGCGGCAGAGCCGUGGGGUCCCCCGUCUCCCCUAGCCUCUGUCCCUCCUGGGGUCUGGGUGCGGGCCCCAAAGCCUGGGCCUGAGAGCAGAGCCCCAAGCCAAGGUCUCUCCUGGUGUCACCUGCUUGGCCCAACUGAGGCCCAGCCGGACAGAACCCUGGGGCCCCUUCUUUUUCAGAAAAGAUGAAAACCCCCGAGGAAAGAGGUUUACGGAGCUGUUCUCAGUGUGAUCUCAAGGUCAUGAGUAUCACCCCCACUUUUACACGCACUCAUUCUGUCCCUGUUACUCUCCUUGAACAGGUCUGCGAACUAGAAACAGGUCCUGAGGUCAGACCCCAGGUAGGAGGGAGCCUGGGCCUCUCCUGUCUCUUCCGAGGCUUGCCUGGGGUCUGGCCCCCCGGAGGCCCAGGGAGGUGGGCAAGUUACGGUUUCCAAGCAGUUCUGUCCGGGUGACUGUGCCCAGGUUAUGACGACUAAUCCCAAACCGAACAAGGCAUUAAAGGUCAAGAAGGAGGCGGGCGAGAACGCCCCGGCGCUCAGCGACGAGGAGCUGGUGUCCAUGCCGGUGCGGGAGCUGAACCAGCACCUGCGGGGCCUGUCCAAGGAGGAGGUCGUGCGGCUCAAGCAGCGGCGCCGCACCCUCAAGAAUCGGGGCUACGCUGCCAGCUGCCGCAUCAAGCGGGUGACGCAGAGGGAGGAGCUGGAGCGGCAGCGGGUGGAGCUGCAGCGGGAGGUGGAGAAGCUGGCCUCGGAGAACGCCAGCAUGCGGCUGGAGCUGGACGCGCUGCGGGCCAAGUACGAGGCCCUGCAGACCUUCGCGCGCACCGUGGCCCGCGGGCCCAUCACACCCUCCAAAGUGGCCACUACCAGCGUCAUCACCAUCGUCAAGUCCCCCUCCGUGCCCUUCUCGGCCGCCUCCUAGUGCCAGUGGCAGGGCGCCGGGUGGGCGGGUGGCGGGCACAUCUCUCUUGCUGCCAGAGGGUCCAUGGGAACAGACCCCCAACAUCUGAGUCCACUGCAGACUCCAGGGGGCUCUCCCUCGGGGUGGUUGGGGUGCUGGAUGAGGAGUAGGGUCUCAUGAACCAUGUGCCACACGCCUUCCUGCACGCGCCCACACGUGCCCACACGCGCCCACGCACACGCACACAUGCUGGCCACCCUCGGCCCGCCCACUCUACAGACGUCUGCUUUCGGGUCUGUCCCAAUGAGGGAGUCGGGGUGUGUGGGAAGGUCCUCAGAAGGUUCUUAGCCAGGUGGCCCGAGGGGAGGGGUUCUGUCUUCCACCCCUCAGUCCACACGUCAGCACUUGCCCCCUGCUGUGACCACCGGCCAGUACAGAGCCCCUGCGCUGGCUGAGCUCUGGUGUCCCAGGAGGGACCAUUUGCCCAUGUGUCCAGACACUGCAUGGGUCCAUGUGGAGGGUGCAUGCAUGUCCCUGCUGGGGAGAAGAGGGAGGUCCCAGCUCCCAGCCCUAGGGAGGUGGAGCCAGGGGCGGGGGUGGAACAGGUGCCUAUUCGCCGUGGAGUGGGGCUCCGCCUGCUUCCUGCUGCUGGGCGAAGAGGCAGGAUGCGGGUGGAACGUGAGGAGAGGUGGCGGGCACUGGGCUGGAAGGCCCAGAGAGGGCACGCACUCGGCGACCUUGGUGCUUCAUCACUGCCUGCAGCGGCCACUGCUCUCCCUCUUUGGAGCCCAGGGCCUUGGUGACCUUUGCUGGGGCACCCCUCCCUGCGCUGCUGUGGGUGCCCCCUCCCGCGCGCCCUGGGAGAUGCUGGGUGAGCUGUGAGCUGGAGCCCACCACCCACCCAACACCCAGGGCUCAGCCCCCCAAGUGAGACCCAGCAAGCUGUGAAGCCCCCACCCCUGGCAGGGUGCCGGCUGUGCUGGGAGGAGGGGCAGCGCCGUGUGUGCAGCACGGACGACGGAUGGAAAGUGACUGGGGCCCCGUGGGCCUGGGUGGGCUGCAGCCUGAGAGCAGAGGCCGGGUGUAAAGGGAAGCUGUGGGCGCCAUAGCUGUGGUAGGUAAUCCACAUUGGAUAUCAGUAAGGAUCGUGGGGAUAUUUAAGAGAGAAGUAUAUAUAUAUAAAAAGUUAUAUACACAUUUUAUUGUCCAGAUUUUGUACCUGUCCUGUUUGAUACUGUAAGUGCACAGCAGAGCUGCAGGCUGAGGCCCGGGCCGGAGCCCUGCCCACCGCUCCCGUCUUCCCGCCUGCCCUCUGUGCAGGGCCCUGAGGGUCCAGCCAGGUGGCCUGCCAGGCAGCUGCCGGCUCCCCAAGCCCCCGGUCCUACGGGGCGCAGAUGGCUCCGCCCCGGGACGGGGGUCCUGGCAGAAGACUGGUCAUGUCUCAUGCUCUCCUUUCAGAUUACUGAGAUUUCACUGUCACGAUUUAAUAUAUGGAUUUUAUUUAAGAGGAAAGGCAAGGGCCUUCGCCGUGUGGGUUUGUCCUGUCUCCUGUGCUUCAGGGCCCUGCCCCAAGGGCGGGCGCCCCCCUUCCCAGGCGGCCGGGUCUCCAGCCCUCCAGCCGCUCAGCAAUUUCAUUUCAAUAUUUAUUUUCCUGCUGCUUUCAUCCUGAUAUAAAUUAUUGAGAAGAGACCCGAUGUCGUGGCCCUGGCUCCUGUGCGGUGCCCUGGCCCGCCCGUCCCCACAGCCACCACCUAAUUUAUUGCUGUACGUCUCCGCCGUGACGCGCUCGUACCUUUGCAAUAAAGAGUUCUCUGGUUUCGGGUCUGUCUCGCUGUG